UGUAGUUUCCAUUGAUUUUGAUAUCUCUGGCAAAGCAAAAAGUGCAUUCUCCUUGAGCGGAACCCACAAACCCUACCCCACCUCCUCCUCCUCCUCCUUCAAUUCCCAUUUGGCACAGAACUCAGCAAUUUAUGUUUGUUUCCACAAGAGAAAAAAACCCCCAAAAUUUAAGUAAAUAAAAGUGGUGCCUUUUGCUUGUAAAUUAGGGUUGAUUCUUGGGAUUCAUUAUUGCCCUUUUUCUGCAAGCACGAGUCUUCUCCAUGUCAACUCAAAGGAAUUCUUUGUCUCUCUCUGAUCAUUUCUUGUUGAUUGGGUUAUUACAAUCUUGAUUGCGAGAUUUUCUCCUCUUCGAAAGAAAAAAAAAUACUAUAUAUUCUAUAUUCGUCAGAGGCCCUUCUUUUCCGUUAGCUUAACAAUUCAAGAAUCGGUAUUCAAUUUCAAGAAACUGCCGUUUGGGGGUUUCUUUCUCUCUCCCUCUCUCUAUCUAUGCGGGAAACCCUUUUGAAUUUCUACCCAAAGUAUUGAUAAUGUUGGAUUUGAAGGAGCCAUUUUGCAGAAAGAUUGUUUUUUUAUGUGGGUUUAGUUGCUCCCUUCAUGCCUAAGUUUCUCUCAGGGCUUUCACGCACCAAUUGGUGUAGUAAGUGCAUUCCUCGAUUCUUGAAUUUCCGGUGGAGAAUGGGCUGUAUUCAGGCGAAAUGCUGCCGGAAAUACGCGCCGUCGUCGGACGGAGAUAACAAGGAGGAAACCGGCGUUUAUCCCGGUCAGAAUGCUCAUGUUCUUGCAAAUUCUUUUCUUGAUGUUGUUGAUGUUCCUUCUCAUAAUUUGAAGUUGUCUUACUCUGUGAUUAGCCAGCGUGGUUAUUACCCUGAAACCCCUGAUAAGGAAAACCAAGAUAGUUUUUGUGUGAAAACUAAUAUUCAGGGUAACCCCAAUGUGCACUUCUUUGGUGUGUUUGAUGGCCAUGGCUUGUGUGGAACGCAGUGCUCGAAUUUCGUUAGGGAUAGGCUUGUUGAGAUCUUGUCGAAUGAUGCUGCAUUGUUGGAUGAUCCCGUUAGGGCUUAUAGCAACGCGUUCCUAACAACAAAUGAGGAGCUUCACAAUAGUGAGUUUGAUGAUUCCAUGAGUGGCACUACGGCCAUUACUGCUCUUGUGAUCGGGGAUAAGCUGUAUGUAGCGAAUGUUGGGGACUCGAGGGCUGUUAUGGCUGUAAGGGAAGGGGAUAAGGUCGUUGCCCAGGAUAUGUCUUAUGAUCAGACUCCGUUUAGGAAGGAUGAAUGUGAGAGGGUGAAGCAGUGUGGGGCUAGGGUUUUGAGUGUUGAUCAGGUGGAAGGGCUUAAGGAUCCUAGGAUUCAGUCGUGGGGGGAUGAGGAGACCGAUGGCAGUGAUCCUCCGAGGCUGUGGGUUCAGAAUGGGAUGUAUCCUGGGACUGCAUUCACUCGGAGCGUUGGUGAUAACAUGGCGGAGAAGAUAGGUGUCGUUGCUGAUCCAGAGGUUGCCACGGUGCAGCUUACAACGUCUACCCAUCCUUUCUUUGUUGUUGCAAGUGAUGGGGUUUUUGAAUUCCUAUCCAGCCAGACGGUUGUUGACAUGGUUAACAAAUAUGUGGAUCCCAGAGAAGCUUGCUCUGCCAUUGCCGGUGAAUCGUACAAGCUGUGGUUAGAGCAUGAAAGUCGGACGGAUGAUAUAACGAUGAUCAUUGUACACAUUAAAGACUUGAAUACUGUAUAAAUCAUGGGGUGUACUUUUAGUAGGGAUCCAUGGGUGUUUCUCAAUUCUUAAUACCAAUUUUACUUUGGUUAGUUGGAGAAAUAUUUUGGGUGGCUAUGUUUUUAUCUAAGCCUUAUAUAGCAUUGGUGCCACUAACCAAACCAAGUGUUGGUAACUGCUGAAAAAUGAAUGUCCAAAUAGCAUCUUCUGUCUGUCACCUAUUACUAAAUCUAUUCGAGCCUUCUUGAUUUGGAUGUGU